AUGCCUCCUCCCAAUCCCGCCAAUGAUGAAGCUCAUCAGCGCUUGUUGAACACCCUGGAUAUUUCAGUUGGCCCUAAGCCCUUCCGCAACCCAUACUGGAAGCCAUCCCAGCGCCGCAACAAGAACGUGAAGCAGAUUGUCUCGGAGGCCUCCCGGAAGGAAGCUUCAGUCUUGGCCACUCAAGUCAACUCGGGCGCAACUACACCAGGAGUUGGCACAUCUGCCACAGAUGGCGAGCAAACCCCAUCCGAAGUGGCUGCCCCGAACCUCUCCCAGGCUACCCAGAACCUGUCGACCCUUGUCUUAGAGAAGAACGCCCGAGCGGGAAUCUCCAACGGGCCUGCUGUGACCUACACGAAUAUCGAAUCGGCGCCUUCGCUGAACCCAGCCUACCAGCAACACUAUUGCGACAUUACAGGAUUGAAGGGACCCUACACGGACCCCAAGACGCGUCUGCGGUAUCACGACAAGGAGAUCUACAAGGUGAUCCGGUCUCUAGCACAGGGUGUUCCGGAGAACUACCUUGAAGCUCGUGGAGCUCACACAAUCUUGAAGUAA